AUGUCAGCAACACAGACCAUACAAAUCUUAAGCAUAUCCACUGCGUUGCUAGCGUCGGGCGGUAUCGCAGCUUUAUCUUUUUUCGACAUACCCAUCGUACAAUCACAGCCGGCAUCUCGCUCUCUUCCCAUGAUACGCUGGCUCUUCUCACGGGGCUCUCAUACCUUCCCAACAGCCGCGAUCACCUCUGCUUCCGGCUUCAUCUAUCUCGCUUACAACUCUCUCCCCGCCUCGUCCAUCAAUUCAACAUCGUCGUUGCUCCAGCAUGCUGUGAAGGGGAAGCCAGGUCUCUACCUCGCGGCCGCGGUACUUUCCUUCAGCAUCGCACCAAUCACCAGUUUCAUGAUACCGACCAACUUUGCCCUUAUCCAGAAGAACGAAGAAUUGGGCGGGAGCCGGAGUGCAGCAUCCGCCGAGUAUCGAGAAAAGGCGGGAUCAAAGGAACGGAGCGCUGAUGAGUCUGUGAAUAGCAAGGAUGAUGUGAGUCAAUGGAAGGACUUGAGUGUGCCACAAGAGAAGACCAAAAGGGAGAGUAGUAAAUCGGAGGAUAAAGAAGUAAACGAUCUGUUAGACAAGUUUGGUAAGUUGAAUAUGCUUCGGGCGGUGGCUAUUGGUUCGGGUGGUAUUGUGGGGUUGAUGGCUGCGUUGGCGUGA